UAUACAUUCAUUAACCAUAAUGAACUUUAUUAAAAAUAAUUGGUUUAGUGAAAUUCAGGAUGAAUUAUGGCCGGGGCAAAUGUUUUCUUUAAAAAUAAAAGAGGUUCUUCAUAAAGAAAAAUCUAAAUUUCAAGAUAUUCAGAUAGUGGAAACUGAAACUUAUGGAACGUGCCUUAUACUAGAUGGAAUAAUUCAAUGUACAUCCAGAGAUGAAUUUUCCUACCAAGAAAUGAUUGGAUUUCUUCCGUUGUGUUGCCAUCCUAACCCGCAAAAAGUUUUAAUUGUUGGAGGAGGUGAUGGUGGAGUAGCUCGUGAAGUCGUUAAACAUCCAUUGGUCAAAGAAGUUCAUCAAGUUGAAAUUGAUGAACGGGUUGUGGAACUAUCGAAAAAAUAUUUACCAUCCAUGGCAUGCGGCUUUGAAAAUUCGAAAUUAAAACUUACUAUUGGUGACGGUUUCGAAUAUAUGAAAAUACACAAGGAGGAGUUUGAUGUGAUCAUCACAGAUAGCUCAGACCCGAUCGGGCCUGCAGUUUCAUUGUUUCAGGAAAACUACUAUAAAUUAAUGAAAAAUGCUUUAAAGCCGGGUGGUAUUGUUUGCUCUCAAGGUGGAAGCUUCUGGCUUGAUUUUGAUUACGUAAAAAAAACUAUGGAUGGGUGCGGGAAACAUUUUGCAAAAGUAGCCUAUGCAGUAACUUCAGUUCCUUCUUACCCAUGUGGACACAUAGGUUUCGUAAUUGGGUCUCUAGAUCCUAAUCAAAAUUUCUCAGAGCCAGUAACAAGGUUCACUAAAUCUCAAAUUGAUUCUUUAAACUUAAAAUAUUAUACAAGUGAGGUUCAUCCAGCAGCAUUUGCUUUACCACGCUGGGUAGAAAAACACUUUUACAAAUAAAGUAUGUAAUAUGUACUUUAUGCAAAUUUAACCAUAUGUAUACACUUCAUGAGAUAUACAUUUUUUUAAAGUCAGUUAUAUUUUUGUACAUAACUAUUAGAGUUUUAAAAAAUAUAUAAAUAAAUGAUCCAUCUUCAACGUGUCAAA